ACGCAUUGUCAAUUCCCAUUUUUCCUAUUCCUUCUUCAAAUUUGAAAUUCAUUCAUUUUUUUAAAGACUCAAAUGACUACAAAAACGACUCCCAAAGAGUUAAAAGCUAAGAAAGAGUCUAAGAAAAAAGGAAGUGCUCCAGAACCACCGAAAAAUGGACCACCGAGGACAUCCCCACCAAACACUAUUGAGAAAAAAGGAAUAUUGAGAAGCCUCAGCUUUCAGUUUUCCAAUCUAACUCGCAAGAAGGGCAACGACUACGAUUUGACUCCAGAAGAAGAAGGAGAUGGUUAUGGCGAUGAAAUGGGUCCAGUGCUCGGUGUGCAAAAUUAUGGAAUUUUGAUGAAAAAGUACAAGCGCAAAAAUCGAUCUGCAAGAUGGGCAAAGCGAUUUUUCGUUUUGAAAGAGUGUUUUUUGAUAUAUUACUCUACAAGCUACAAGAAAGUGUUUGAAAAAACACGUAGAAUUGAUUUACAUCCAAAAGGUAUUAUUCCAUUAAUUGGGUGCUCAAUUGUGUCCGGCGGUGAUGUGGAUAAAAAGAAUUGCCUAUUAAUUGCUCAUCCACAGCUACCAAGUGCAAUUAUUGUGGCUGCAUCAGAUCAUCAGACACAAGAGAUGUGGUUAAAGGCGUUGAGAAGUGCAACUAAAAUUUCGUACAAAAACACAGUGGUCGGUGAAACAAUGAUACGUGAGCUUGAAAAUCGUGGAGUUUUGUUGAACGAGGAAAAGAAAAGUUACGAGGAAAGAUUGGAAGCAGAGGCAAAAGCACGAAAAGAAGAACAUGAUAGAGCUGAUGAACUGGCAAAAGACAAGGAAGAGCUGGAAGCAGAACGAGAAAAGUUGAUUCGAACCACUAAAAAAUUGAAGGAUGAUUUGCAAAAUGUUAAAAACGAGCUGAAAAUGACAAACGAAAUGAAAAAAACAUUGGAACAAGAAAAAAUGAGCUUGAACUCCAAAACCGAGCAUCUUCAAGCAAAUAUGGAGAGCUUGAACAUUGAAAAAGAAAAGAUCCACGAACAAUUACAAGAAAUUGUACGGGAACGAGAAAAGGUUUUGAUCGACAAUCAGAAUCUAUCUACUGAUAAAUGUCAAUUAAACAAUAGAUUGAUGGAAAUUGAGACUUCGCGCAAUUGUAUAAUGACCGAAAAGGAAAAAAUUGAAAAUUUAUUGAAGAUGAACGAACAGAAAACUCAAGAUUUGGAAAAAGAACGUCAGUACUAUACGAUGAAGACAUCUGAACUAAUGGAUCAUUUGAAAGAAGUCAGUGAGCAAAGAGAUCUAACUGAAAGCGAGUUGAAAGAACAAAUGAUGGCUCGUCUUGGAGCAGAAAAGCAACUUCAAGCAGCUGAAAAAGCAUUGGAACAUCUUGAAAUGGCAUUGAAGAUGACUGGGGCGCAGAUGACUGAGUUGCAAGAGCAUAUUAUGCCAGAUGUUCAUAAACUUAGAGAGUUCUUUGAGCAGUGUGCUGAAGAAUCCAGAUUUGAAGCGAAUCGUACCGGCAUCAUGAGAAACGCAGUUUAUGCCAGAAAGAGUAUAUUCGACGUAGCAUUUUCCGAAUUGGACGGUCAUUCGCUGGAUGUUUUUGAGAAAUUUUGCGAAUACAAUUCUCAAGUGUUGCCAGUUAGAGAAAAACCUCAAAAGCUGCAUAAAACAUGGAAGCAAUCUAGUUUCAAAAGAAUAGGAUCAAUUCGACGUUCAAAAAGAGGUAUCCGUUCAUCUUUCCGCAAGAAAACCGAUUCCAUCACUACACAGCCUCGCGAGAAAGAACCACUAAUGCAACUGUGACUAGAGAUACUUUUUUCACGAGUCAUUUCUUGUUUGCAUAUUAUUUACUUAUUUAUUGUUCUCUGUAUUUUUUGGUAAUUACCUUAACUCAUUUAUUUCAAAUAAUAAGAAUAAU